GUGAUGCUCCGAAGGCGAGAAGACAGGACUCGGUCGUGUGCAUGUGUUUGUUGCUACGCCAAUUGCGACGCGAAUUUCUCUAAGAAGUCGGCGUUUCGGCGGUCGAAACGCGACUCGGGUGGACGCGUGAAUGUCGAGGCUCGCGACCGGCGGCGGAUUCGGCGCGCCCCGCGGCGCCCAGCGUCAGCAGUCGGCGUGCUAAGCGUCGGGCCGUGCCGUGCAGCACUGCAUACCCGGCCAUCUUAGCUUGUGGGAGCGAACGAGCAGCGAGCGAUGCCUGAGCGGCUCCGCCAUUUGAAUCAGCAGGCCCGUGUUUUACUCGUUCGUUUUGACGAUGCGGCCGACGUGUGUUGCAGCUGAAUAGGGAGGGGUGUGCCAGGAGUGCGUGCCGACGAAAUUCGGCGGUCGAUUCCGCCCGCCGGCGCCAUGGACAGUCAGCGGACGCAGCAGCGCAAUCGGCGCAGGGAGCGCGCCCAGCGCAUUCAGGCCGAGCGGGACAUUAAAAAGUCGGCCGAGGUCAAGCUGAAUGCCGACGACAGUGCCGACGACGAGUCGCCGACCAGGCACAAGCCCACCAAGCCGCCCAACCGCCGCAAAAAGACCAAGGAGCCCGUCUACGAGGAGGACAUCGUCGACGGCUUUGCCAUUUUGGCCUUCAGGUCUUACGAAGACCUAGAGAAUGCUGUCAAGAAGCACUCGGAGAAGCACCAGGCGCGGCACAAAAAGAAGAACCACGUUGUGACUUUGGAGGACGGAGACACGUCGCCGGUGCCGGUCAAGAACUCGAAGGCCAAGUCGGCGGCCUCGGCCACUCCAGGGGCCAACGAGGUUCUGAUCAAGAACUCGCCGCAGUCGCGCUUCAACAACCACCACAUCAUCUCUUCGUCGCUGCACAAAAGCCACGGACCAGCCGUUCCUACCAACACCAAUGGCAACCAGGCCAGUUACCCCUCGCCCUACGACUCAGGGGGUGGCAGCAGCACCGGUGGUGAAAUUACUAGGAUUAAUGGUCCUGCAGGGCUGACACCCCUAAAGGACGGCCUGAGGGAUGAUCGCCUUAGUGAUGCCAGCAGCAAUGCCAGUUCUGGACGUGGAUAUAUCUGUGAUAGCGAGAGUGAGGAUGACAAGGCUUCUGAUACUGGCUCUGAUCUUUUUACUGCAUCCAGGAAAUCAGGCGAGCUGCCGGCCAGCCCGCGCCGUUCAGCGACGGCCCCGAGCGCGGCCGCCAUCCCCACAAGCUCCGCGGCCACCAACCUGCCGCCGCCCCCGACGCCGGCACCCUCUCUGCCGGGGGUGAUUUCGCUGAGGGUGCCACACCGACCGUCGCGGCGACCCCUCAACUGCCUGCAGCCGGCGUCAGCUCGCGCGUCGCCCGACUCGCCGCCUCCAAGGGUGCUCUCGUCGGCGUCGCCGCCACCCUCCGCCCUGGCCGCCGUCGCCGCCAUGGUCACUGACACGGCGGCCGCGGCGCCACCCGGAUCGGCGGCGCCAUCCUACCCGCCGCUGUACGCGCCGUACUCGUCGGUGACGGUGCCAGGGACGGCGCCGUCGCCCUACUUGGCCCCCUCGUCACCUGGAGCCGCCGCUUCCAUUCACAGACACGAGCAGCGCCUCAGCAAAUCCCCGGCGCCCAGCAAGUCCUCGUCGGGCGCGCCUUCGGGGUCGCCGCUGCUGCCUCCGCCCGCCGCCGGCUCGCUCUGGACCCCGGCCAUCAGCUCGGGCAGCGCGUCGGCCGCCUCGUCGUCGGCCAAUCGUGAUACAAACUCCACGUCCUCCCUUGGAAGACCUCACACACCAAGCGGGGACAGCAGAGAUCUCUUUGGAAAUGUGAGCAGUCUGAGCAGAAGCGCCUCGACGUCCGCGUCAAGCAGUUCGCAGGGCCCGGCCAGCACAACCACCCCGAGCGCCUCGACUUCCUCCUCCGGCGGCCUACUCAGCUUCAGUGCCAAGUCUCCCGUGGUUUCUGCCAGCAUCGCGCCCCCACCCUGGGGCGCGGUCAACCCCCUCCAGAUCGCCUCGUCAGGGGCUUCCUCAGGGCCAUCGACCUCUUCGACGGGCCCGUUCGCCCCUCCUACCUCGGCCCAGCAGCUUUUCCCGCCUCCACUGCCACCCCCGGUCUCGUCAAGCUCGGGCUCUUCGACGGCCGCGACGGCCACGGCCACCACUUCGGCGCCCAACCCCAACCCCUUCUCGGCCGAGUCGCUGUUCACGACCAGCGCGGACAUGCUGCGGCGCGAACUGGACUCGCGAUUCCUGGCCUCGAGUCAGGACAGGCCGCCCCUGGGGCCGCCGCACUUCCUGCGCGCCGAGAUGCACCACCACCAACACCAACACACCCACGUCCACCAGCACACCUCCCCUAUCAUCCCCUCGAUGAUGCCACCGCCCAUGGUUAGCCAGUUUAAAGACAUUCCAAAACUGCCCGGCGUAGACAGCCCCUUCUACAGGCAGUCUAGUUUGGCCCUGUCAGCCUACAACUCCUUCACCCCUGGACUUCUGCACCACGGAAUCGGGGGCACGCCUUUCAAUCCACCGACACUCACGCCGUUCGCCCCCAAGAUUGGACCAGACCCGUCAAAACCCAAACCAGUGAAAACUGGCAAGUGGAACGCCAUGCACGUCCGAAUCGCCUGGGAGAUUCACUACAGGCAGCAGGACAAGGCGGCCGAGGCAAAAUCGGCGGCCAUUGCGGCCGGAAAGCAGCUCCCUGCAGAUCUCCUGAGGCCGCCGUCGGGACCGCACCACCUCCUUGGAGGCCCUUUGCCGCCUCCGUCGCUGAAUCCCGGCUCGACCGCGUUUUCAGCCCUGCAGCCUCCGGGUCCACCUCACCACAGGCCGGCGCCGUUCGAGCCGCCGCCCGGGUCCUUCUUGUCACCCCACAUGUCGCCUUUCCCCAGAUUUCCUGGGUUUGCGCCUCCUGGUGCCUCGCCGUUUGCUGGCAUGUCUCCCUUGGGCGGGCCAGGCGUCUUUCCGGGCCGCGAAAUCAGCCCGUUGGGACCGAUGGCGUCACCUGUUCAUGAACAGUGGAAUAGGCUUCAUCGGACGGCACCAGGGUUUCCACCGCCCACCCACGGCAGCCCCUGGUCUUCCUUGGGCAAGUCUGAACUGGAAAGGCGGGAGAUGGAAGAGCGGGAGAGGCUAAAACGGGAACGGGAACGCGCAGAGCUGGAGAGAGAAAGAGCUGAGAAGGAACGCGCCGCCCAGCAAGCAGCCGCCGAGUUGGCGCGCAAAAAGUCUCAGGAGGAGAAGGAGCGACGGGAGCGCGAACGGGAGCGCGAGAUGGAACGGCGGGAGCGCGAGCGGGAGAAGAAGCUGAUGCUGGAGCGGCAGCAGCAGCAGAUGCACCACCACGGCCACCACUCUAGUCACCACCACCGGAACACGGCCGCCACCCCGCCAGACCGGAAGCCGCCCAGCAUGUCCCACCGUGACCGCUCCCCCCUCCGCACCCCCACCGAAAACGGGGACCUCAAGAUCAAGGAGGAACGCAGGGCCGAGGACGAAAAAAUGGCCGCCGCCCUCAUGGAGAGGGAUCGAUACAUGUACAUGGCGCGCCAACACGCCCUGCCCCGCGGCCUCCCAUCACCUGCAGGCACUCCCCUCCCACCCCACCCCUUCGCCGCCCCCUCGUGGGACCCGUACCACCCUCACCGCUUCGACCCGAUGGCCAUGCGGUUCAACCCGCUGGCCGCCCACGCGGCCGCCGCGGCCAUGUUCCGGGAGCGCGAAGAGGCGGCCGCCCUGGCCAACCAGCAGUCCCUGUACGGCCCUCCCCUCAUGGACCGCAAGGGCAUGCCGCAGCCCCCUCCCAACUCGCACAAGCUGCCCACCCCUCCGCCGUCGGCGCACCACCUCUUCUCGGGACUUUCCCCGCUCCUGGGCGCCCCCACCCCGCCGUCGGGGAAGAUGCCCUCGGGGCUCCUGCCACCGCGGUCGGGACCGUCGCCCAAACUGCUGCCCCCGGGGCCUCCGCUGCCGCAUAAGUUGGCGACGCCGCCGUCGCGGCUCGUCGACAUGGACUUGCACAAAAAGGAGUCCGAGUCUCAGUCGUCGAGAUAGUGAACGAUGAGCCGCGCAUUGAUCGUUGUUGUUAGUUAUUUAUUGCUGCUACGGUGUGUGUGCGUGCGAGAGACCUUUGCCAGCCACGUGAGAGCGUAUUUAAUAUUUUGAAAGAGUAUAUCUGUGAUGAAAAUUAUAGAGAGAAAAAUUACAAAACACAUUUGAAACACACACACUCGCUGAGAGCCACUAUUCGAGAGCUUCGAUGAUGUGAAAUUUUUGCGUUCGGAUUUUUGUUACGGAUCAGUUUUGGGCCUUUUUUAUUUCUCAAAGCUCUCUUGAGUUUAUUUCCAAAAUUGUCAAAACGUUAGUAACAAACUAGCAAGGGUUUUAAAGAAAACGAUUUUUUUUUUCAUUUGUUCACCUUCCAAAAUUGACUGACGAAAUUUUGAAAUUUUACUGUUCUUCGGUUGGCGCAUGGGUAUGUGAAAUUGAAAUUGGCUCCUAAUCGGAUCAGAAAAUGUUCUAAGGCAAUCGAUUGAUUCAUACUUGAUAAUUAUCGGUGUGCAGUACCAGCAGUAUUGAAAAUAGACCAGUGGAGAAAAGAUUCUUCUUUAUACAUAAAUAUACUGAGUAUUUAGGUAGCAAUCAUGUCUGCAUGUAUCGGUGUGUAUGUCUCACAGGAAUCAACAUUUUUGAUAUAAAAAAUUCAACUAACGUAACUGUGAAUACUGCAAUUAAUUGAGGAUUAAUCAUUGUUAUAUCAUUUUACGCGACCCUGACAGAAAAAAAAAUCAUCAAUUACUACAAGCAAUGACGACGUAAUUAGACCCCAGCCCCAAUAUUUUUUCUUGCGAGUUUUGUUAUUUAUUUUUUGUUCUGUGAUUUUAUCGUAAUUUCUCAUCCCCUGAUGUUUUUCUCCCCUAAAGGUCACUACGCACUUUAAUGACCAAGCACCCUUUUUUCUCCCUCAAAACGGCAACUCAAUCACGCACCAAAUGUAAGAUGGAUUAAAAUAUUACUCUGCUAAAGAAAUUUCCCAACAUUGUUGGCUGUGCCUCCGGAUUUUGUUCAGAUGUCUUUUUUUGUGAAAGUGGAGGAGACUUUGGUAAAAAUAAAAAAAUUAUAACUGGACGUUCGAGAGAGAAAAGCGAAUGCAGUUAAAUGCAGCUUACUUGUACUUGAGAUGAAUCUGUCUGUGUUGAAGUGUCAAAAUAUUGCGAGAUGAAAAAAAAAAUACUGAGAAAAAAGGCUUGUCUUUGAUACUCAUUUUACGUUAUUUAUUUUUUAAUUCCUACCGCAGCAGCAGCUCUUACUUAAAAACACGCAAGCGAGACCAAUCGAUUAAUUUGAACUGAACUUUUUUUUUAAAUUUUUGCUUGUCCAGCACAAAAAAGCGUCCAUAUCAUU